AUGGGAAAAUUUUUGGAAUCUCCGAUUGCUAUCGAUAGGACAAAAUUAAUACGGGCGGUGACAGCGACCUCCCCGGCUCCCCCACCGCCCAUGACGAUCACGGGGCGACCUCACAAAGCCACCCAUUUGCACUGCGUACCAUCCAUUGUCCUGCCCGUCAUGCUUCUCUUAGAUUACCAGAAUGCUUUGAUCCAGUCGCUCCUUACGGAACGUUUUUCUGGAGCAACCCCCACCUCCAUUGACCAGGUGGUGUCCGACUUCGACGGUGUGACAUUUCACCUCUCUACUCCUGAGUCUAAGACGAAGAUCCUCAUCUCGAUCAAUGUGAAGUGCUACAAGGAACUGGUUCAGUACGGGGCCCAGGAGGUGUUGGAAAGAGAAUACGGUCCCUACAUCGUGUCUCCGGAACCAGGAUAUGAUUUCUCAGUACAAGUCGAUCUCGAAAACCUGCCCGCAGAGGAGGAGGCCCGGAAUGACCUGAUUAUGAAGUUUGCCCUCCUGAAACGGAACGCAAUGGCAGCUCCCUUUGAGAAAGCAUUUGACGAAUUCAACAAGCUCGCCGAGGAGGCUUCCAGAUACACCUCAGAGUCAGCACCACAGGGUGUCCAGGAGGGCGGUGAAGUUAUGGCGAUUCACUACCGUGAAGAGGAGGCCAUCUAUAUCAAAGCCAAUUGGGACCGAGUCACAGUGAUCUUCAGCACCGUGUUCCGCGAAGAGACAGACCGGAUCUUUGGCAAGGUCUUCCUGCAGGAAUUCGUCGACGCCCGGCGGCGUGUCUUGACGCUUCAGAAUGCCCCUCAAGUCCUGUUCCGUAGCGAUCCUCCCCUUGAGCUUGCAAAUGUGCCUGGUUUGAGUGCUACUGGAGGCGAAGUUAGCUAUGUCACCUUUGUUCUGUUCCCUCGACACCUGACCCCGCAUCGUCGUUAUGAAAACAUUUCCCACAUCCAGACCUUCCGUGAUUAUUUCCACUACCACAUCAAAGCCUCAAAGGUAUGCAGUUUCUCUCGGUCUUAUUUGGAUUAUUACAAGGAAUUGAUAACUAAACAUGUAUUGCAGGCCUACAUCCACACUCGAAUGAGGAAGAGGACCGCGGAUUUCCUUCAGGUGCUCAACCGAGCUCGGCCGGAGAAUGAAGAACGGGAGCGCAAGACUGCUAGUGGGCGCACGUUCCGAGUGCAGGGUUAG